UGGACCUAAAUUGCAUCGAAGCGAUUAUAUGCAGAAAAACAAAACAACAGGCGGUUUAUGCUAACCUUUCCUUAGGACACGUCUCGAUGAGGAACUGUGAACGCACUCAGCAGCUGAAUCUUUCUUUGCUAACGUUAGCAAAGUUGUGUUAGCUGUAUCGUUGUGUUAUCUUGGCAGUGUGUGUGUGUGUGGGAGAGUGUGUUGUUUGUAUGUGUGACAGCUAGGAAUUUGAGGACUAACUUCGCUUCGCUUUCUGCUCCAUGAGAGAAAAGAGACUGAACUUUGUACACACACACACACACACACACACACACUGAACUUCAGUUGGAGCUUUCAUCAACAGCAGUCGUGCUUACCUGGGCGCGGUAGCGUUAGCCUCCCCUUUGCUAGCACGGAUAAUGUUAACGACGGCCGGAGAUCAGGGUAAACACGAAGUUAGUCGCCAAGUGAACCGGUGAACGCCUGCAUCGACUUCAGCUAUGUGGCAGGGGAGGAGGGGUGUUGGUGGUGUUGCUGCUGCUGCGGCACAACAACAUGAUUGUUCCCGUCUUCUUCUGCCUCUCCUUCAGUCGUGGAGUGGAGUGAAGAGCCAGUUCAGUGCACAUAUUUCUCAGCAGCCAAGCACUGAACAGUAGUGCUAUUGAUUUCUAGCAACAGUAGCAGAGUGGCUGCAGUCCAGUCGUUGGAAGAAGGACUGAGGAGGAUUUUGGAAAGUUAACAUCGCUCAGCUUGACUCAUGCUCACAAAGGUGUGGUCCAGCUUGGGUGUCAGUUGAAUGCAUUCGGUCAUUAUGCUGGUGGAGUCAAAGAUCAACGCAUAAGCAAGCACAUGAUAUCAGGAUAGAGGAGGGGGUACUGACAUUUGAAUUCCAAGCAUAGAUACAAAUGCUGCAUCACAUUAGUUGCAAGCAGAAUAGCAGGUACUACAAGAAUUUGUACAUGUGACAUGCUCAGUCAAGUCAAGCGCACUUAACACAGAUCUACAAGGUGCUAUUAGCCAAUUACAGCAGUGUGUGGGACAGGCUUCAGGUGCGUAUACACAGCUGUUGUUUAAGCUGUUUUACUGUAACCACACCCUGCCUGAAGAUAGCACAAGGAAGCAAAGGCAAAUUGUGGCCCACAUAAAAAGACAUUAUCAUAUGGAGAUGAAAAUUUUAGGACAAAUACUGUCACUGCCCAUGCUGUUACUGUGAACAAAUCCCAUGAAAAGACCAAAACCAACAGAGGUUAGUUCAUCUUUAUUCACUAACACUUCCUCAGCCAGUCUGUGGCUCUCAGUCCCAUGCCUGUUCAUUCUCAAGAUGUAAAUCCUAAAAAAACAUGUCACAGAUAUAUACAUUCUUUCACAUAAUCCCAUAAUUUUUGCAAAUAUUGCUCAAACAUGAGUAAGUGGUGUAUUUGUUGGGGACUAUUUUCAGCUGCGGAUUUGGUGAGCUAGUGGAUUUUUAAGGCAUUAGAACAUAUCAACUCACCCAGUGCAACAGUGCGGCUCACUGAUAUGUUUCUGAUUCAUUGUUGCUCUUUCUUUUUCCACGCUAAGGUCUCUUUCUCUUAAACAGUCUUCACACUGGUGAAGACAGAAGUAGAGGUUUGGAUGCAGGCUGUGUGUUGGCUGCUGUGCCUUGGCCUGGUGUCGGCACUUGCUGUGCUGCAGAAGGACCAGGUGGCCCAGCAUGCCAUCAAGCUUUAUAGGAGCAAGGGGGCCACACAGGGCCAUAGCUGGGUGUCCAGCAACUGCAAGCGGCUGGUGGGUCUCCUGCGUCAGAAGAAUGUGGUUGUGAAGAAGCUGGCGGUCGCUGCAGAUGCUGUUGGAAGAGACCGGGCCCUUUCAGAACCUGAGAGGCACUUCCAGGUUCACACUCUGGAGGUCUUCCAGAAGGAGCUGAAUGAGAGCGAACACCUGGUGUUCCAGGCAGUGCACGGCCUGCAGAGGGCGCUGCAGGGAGAUUACAGAGAUGUGGUCAACAUGAAGGAGAGCAGCAGACAGAGGCUGGAGGCUCUCAGGGAGGCAGCCAUAAAGGAGGAGCAGGAGUACGUGGAGCUGGUGGCUGCCGAGAAGCACCAGCAGGAAGCUGUUAAGAGCGCCUUAGCCCAGAACAAGACUCUGUCCAUGCUGGAUGAAAUCCUGGAGGACGUGAGAAAGGCAGCAGACCGAUUAGAGGAGGAGAUCGAGGAGCACGCCUUUGACAACAACAAACAGAUGAAAGGAGUGAAUGUAGAGGCAGUGUUGAGAGUGGAGGAAGAUGAGGAGAACGGAGGGAAGAGGAAGAACAAAUCCAGGCAGAAGGAAGUGGAGGAUGACCUGGGACUGAGCAUGCUCAUUGACUCGCAGAACAACCAGUAUGUUCUGACUAAACCACGAGACUCCACAAUGCCGAGAGCGGACCAUCACUUCAUCAAGGACUUGGUGUCGGUGGUGAUGUUGUCCCUACCUUGCGGCUGGAUUUGCACUCUGGUCGGCCUGCCUCCAAUGUUUGGAUACAUCAUCUGUGGGGUCCUGCUUGGUCCUUCUGGCCUCAACAGCAUCAAGUCUAUGGUCCAGGUGGAGACUCUCGGUGAGUUGGGUGUGUUCUUCACUCUCUUUGUGGUGGGGUUGGAGUUCUCACCAGAGCGCCUUCGAAAGGUAUGGAAGACAUCAGUUCAGGGUUCGUGCUACCUGAGUCUGCUGAUGGUGGGGGCCGGUUUGUUGUGGGGACAAGUCUUGCGCAUUCGACCCACCCAGACUGUCUUCAUUUCUACUUGCCUCUCCCUGUCCAGCACUCCACUGGUGUCCCGCUUCCUAGCAGGAGGAAGCAGGGGGGAUAAGGAAGGUGACCUGGACUACAGCAGCGUUCUUCUUGGGAUGUUAGUUAUGCAAGAUGUUCAGCUUGGCCUCUUCGUUGCUGUCAUGCCGACUCUGAUCCAGGCACAGAGUGGAGACUUGGACAGCUUCCUGUUUGGAAGUCUCCGUGUGCUGUAUCUCCUGGCCCAGGUCCUGGCGUCUCUGGCUGCUGUGCUGCUGCUGUGUUUGUUACUCAAAUCAUUCCUGAUUGGCCCAUAUUACAAGAAGCUGCAUGCUGAGAGCAAAGGCAACAAGGAGAUCCUGGUGCUGGGGAUGGCAGCUUUUGUCUUUUUCAUGCUGACAGUAACAGAGUUUCUGGAUGUCUCUAUGGAGCUGGGCUGUUUCCUGGCUGGAGCUUUGCUGUCCACACAGGGUCACAUGGUCACCGCAGAAGUCAUGGGAUGCAUCGAGCCAAUCAGAGAUUUCCUCGCCAUCAUCUUCUUUGCCUCCAUUGGUCUCCACGUGUUCCCAACGUUUGUGCUGUAUGAACUCACCAUCCUGCUGGUGCUAACGCUCACACUCGUCAUUAUGAAGUUUGUCAUGGCCGUAUUGGUGCUGUCAGUGAUCUUGCCACCAGGCUCUCGGCACAUACGGUGGAUCGUCUCAGCUGGCCUGGCGCAGGUCAGCGAAUUCUCCUUCGUCCUGGGCAGCCGUGCGCGUCGAGCUGGCAUCAUCUCCAGAGAGGUGUACCUGCUGGUUCUCAGUGUCACCACUCUCAGUUUGCUGCUGGCUCCAGUGCUGUGGAGAGUUACCACACACAGAUGGGUUCCCCGGGUCGAGCACAAAACAGUCCCAUGACCAGACCAGCUUCAGGGCCAAAAGGUUCCCACGUACAGUAACUCUUACACGGCCGGCAGCAGCAUCACAAGGAGCAGAAGUUAAAUCUUAUUUGUCCUUUCAGAAACUCUCUCAUGUUAACGCACAUUGCAAUAUGACAUGGCCUGUGGGAGCAAAUGUCCCGCCUCUUCUUCUUCUUGAUUUAACAGAAUCAGUUUCGGAGGAAGUCAUCAUCAGCUACACUCUGAUUUGAGAUUCUUGACAAAUGCCUCCAUCAGAUUGUUAUAAAGGACAUUUUCUCCUGGCAUGGACCUGGAGCAGUGUUACAUAUACAGUAGAUAACCUUUACUGUAUAAGGUCUUAGUUGAUAACACAUACUAAAAUAGUUUUAGUUAAUGUUACUGAACCCCUUCUCUCUGCAGUAAACAAUCUCAUAGGCUGGACAACAUCUGUGACUUGAAUUUAAAAAAAAAACUCCUUGACAGGAUGCACACCUACUUUACAGUUCUGUGGAGAAGCACAAAAGACUGGAUCUCCUUCCAACUCUGAUAUAUUCUCUUUAAAGUGUGCAUGCACCAAAAAGAGAAACAGAAAAAAAAAUCCCUCCUCACGAACUCUGUUGUUGUUUUCCAUUGAUGCUCAUUCAUGUCUGCACUUUGAACUUAAGCCUUUAGUUAGCCUUUUUCCUUGUAGCAAUCACAUGGACCAAAUCUGAGGCUUCAGCUCAAGUCCAUAUGCUGUUUUACUUUUAAUGUGUGAGUUCAUAUUUUUCUUAUAUUUUUUUUAAUAGGAAAGCACUUUUAUAUAAUUUAAAAAGGCCUCCAUCUUUCCAUUACAUCACUGCGUCUGACUUUUAUUAUAAACUGCAAAUUUUGCCUCUGACUGAAGUGCAAACUUUAUCUACUGUAUUUAAUAGAUGUUACAUGUAGUUUAUUCUGAUCACUAUACUACUGUGUAUCUAGGUGUGAUAACACAUUCUAGUGUUACCUAAAAACUACAAAAAUUCUCCUUGCAAAUCUCCCGUUUCUUGUGGAAAACAAUGGUAAAUUACACAUCAGUAGAAAACUAAGGAAUGUAGGUAAUGAAGUACAAUAUUAGGAAGCAGCUGACAAAAACAAUUUAAUGUAAUCAUUAGAAUUUACUCACUUACAUUUAAAGAGAAAUCCUGCACUAGUUACCACUGAAUGUCAAACUUAUGUGCCUGUGCGACACUUCUCUGCACCAAGAGAAAGACUUUUUAGGAGUGUAAUCUAACUAUGAGAGACAGUGUGGCAUCUCAUGCUGUAAAUAUUUUUUGAUUCAUAAUGUGCAUUGUAGGUGUGUGCAACACAUCCACAUGUUGCUGUAUGUCUAAAGUUUAAUAUUCUUUUCAAAUAUUUUCCUGAAGUAGGUUAUUUGAGUUUACGUGUGUCUUGUUGACCAUGACUGACGCUCGCAGGCACAAAGAAAUGCUGUUUUCAUCAGAAUGUUCAUGUAUUUUUUUAAACUGUUGAAGUCAUUCAUUUAUUUAUUAAAAAUAAGA